AUGACUUUCGCAAAUAAGAAAGAGACUUAUACGCCUUCUGUUCACAAAAUUGUCAAUUCCCUAUCAGGUAUAUCGGACGGGCUAAACGAUGAGAAACUCUCCAGAUGCCAUUCACUGAAGUAUAUAAGCGACCACGUCGACAGACCGCCCUCGGUAUUAGCAAAAGCAUCCUUAAUCUUUGGACUCUCCGUCAUCCUCCUUAACCCUUCUGAUUCGUCCAGUAGUCUUACAAACGCUCUUGGACUCAUACCAGCCUCAUACAAUACAUUACAGUUUCUCGGACACACCGAAAGCUCUUCGAACACUCCUGGAUUGAAGAAGAAAGAGAAUCUCGUCCGAAAAGAGAAAUUGAAGAAAUGGCUGGACUAUUGGGUGAUCUACAGUACGACUUGCAUCUUCGAGAAGCUGGUAGGAGAAGACUUAAUACUGAGUGUGAUUCCAUUGUGGUCGGCGUUGAAGGCUGGAUGGAUUGUGUGGUUCUUGGUCGGCUUGCUGGAUGAUGACUUGGAGAAUGAGGUGAGACCGGAACCUCUGCGACUAAGAUCAAGAUCAAUCAUAGCUACGAAAGACUCGCCAUUCGAUUCCUCUAGCACUUCUUCCGAUGAUACGUCAGUUUCUGGUGGAUCACCUUAUUCACCUUCCACGAGUGUACCAGCCGAUACACCGACCGAAACCGAAACUGGUUUCGAAGAAUCCAGUAUCUCCCCAGAUCCGGAGCCGGCAUCUUCAGAAUCUCCCACAGCCAUAUCACCCGGCCAGGCAAGGGAAUUAAGAGCGGAGUUGGCAGAGCUCGAUUCUCCUCCUUUAUCUAGAACGCCAGACUUGCCGAGACGGGCUGAUAGAGCAGUCACUCCUAUCACUGGUAUUUCCUCGAACCCAGAUAAUCCUGACACCUCAGAUGUUACUGAACACUCUCCUCAAUCAAAGCGGGGAGAGCAAUCAGAUUCGGAAGAUACUUCUUCCGGCUCGGAUGAGACGAGUGGUUCGGAUGAUUCGGACAAUUCGGAUGAUGUGGUCUUACCUGCUGGUACACCUUUGGACGAACUUGCUUUGGCUGGUAAGAAGACUCUGGAGCUUGACUCGUCUGAUGAAGAGUAUCAAGACGAUAGAAACAGAUAUCGCAAGAGCAGCCAGAAGAUGAUCGACAUACUGGAGAAGGAAGAAGGCAGAGUGGCACCCGGAUCAUCGCAAGAUGACAAACAUGAUAUGAAAUCCAGGGGUGAAGACCUCGAUCAAUGUGAAACCAAUAUCGAAGUGGCUAAAACGUCUCCUGCCAAUACGGUAGAUAUCGAAAAGACAAAUGAUGACUUGACAAAAGGCACCGAUUCCAACGAGACAAAGCUUGCGAUCACGGAAACUCCAUCCCCGGCUCGAAGUCAGGGUUCUGGCGCGAAGAAGUCCGACGAAAGACCCAACUUGGACGGAGAGGUAGUAAAGUUAAGUGUGGAAGAGCUACUUACCAUGAAUGGAGGCGAUCAACCUCAAUGUGAGCACACUGAUUUGAUCGAUGGAGGUGAGAAAGACAAGAAGGAAGCGAUGAGGGGUACACCACCACUUAUGGUUAGCCAAAAAGCGGGCAUAGAGAAAAGUGGCGCAGACGGGAAAGAGGAUUAG